AGUGUUACAUUUAGUGUUAUAAAAGGUAGACGUGCGUUUGUUUAGACAAGAAGUGUUACAUAUCAAAAUACAACAGUGUUUUAGACCGGUUCAAAAUGAAACGUAAUGACGUAAUUCUGCGUUUAGCUCUAAAGGAUAAAAGAAAUAUACCCGCCGAUUCAUUCGAUCAUCAAAAGAUUGGGGGAACAAACUUGCAAGAAUCAAGAGAAAAAUCGGAUUUUGAUAUUAUUGACAAUCUAUCAGAAACCGGGAAAAUUGACUUCGAUAUACCACAAUGUAACCUCGCAAGAGCUAAUCAAGAUUUCAUAGCUAAUUUCGAUUUGCCAAAUGAUCUUCAGACUCAAAGUGAAAAAUAUGAUUUAACAAUAAGUAAUUCUGCCACUUACAAUACUGAAGUGAUACCAUCUACAAGUUCAAUAGAAGUUAAAGACCAGAGUUCCAAGCAAAUCGAGAAGCCUAUUGAUGACUCGUCUACCGAUUCUUCUUCAGAUACAGAAAGUACAUGUUCUUCAGACACUUCUAGUUCAACUUCAAAUGAGGAUAGUGAUGAUUCGGUGAAAGAUCCAGAUUUUCAAAUUAAGGAACGUCGUUCCAUUAAAAUCUCUGACGAUUCCGAAACUGAAGACAACGUUGGUAACCAAGCUACACCUGCAGCUACAUCUUCAGUAUCAACAUUGUACUCAAACCUAGAUGACACGAUACCAGACACGAAAAAACGAAGCAGAAAACGUGUAGCGAAACCAACCGAAUGGUUACAAAAUAAAUGUAUAAUCCUCAGAAAUGCAGGAUCUGCUUACGUAACACUAAAAACAAAGGUAAAGAAGGAUGCUAGAAAAAUUAAACCACCGUGUAGCGAACGUUGUCGGUUAAAGUGCAAAGAAAAAUUUUCAGAAGUGGAUAGAGAAGCUGUUUUUAAAGAGUUAUGGGAACUUAAAGAUAUUAACCGCCAAAGAGAUUUUAUCAACAGGCAUAUGGCGCCAAUAAAGCGAAAAUAUAGAUACACGACUACUCAAAAAGGGAGACAGUUAAAUCAUGCAUUUUACUUGACCAAAAUGGGAUGUCAAAUCCAAAUCUGCAAGACAUUCUUCAUGAAUACAAUAGACAUCAAUAAUAGAGUAAUACAGACCGUAAUCAAGAAGAGGACAUCUGCUGGUUUCGUUGAAGAGGACAAAAGAGGCAAACAUCACAGUCAUCACAAAUUGCCUGAAUGUGUUAAGGAAUCUAUUCGCAACCAUAUUAAUUCAAUCCCCCGCAUCGAGAGCCAUUAUUUGCGACAGCAAACUGCAAGGGAGUUUAUUGAGGGUGGAAAAACAAUAGCUGAUCUUCACCGUGAGUACGUAGAAGAAUGUGGGCUUAAUAAUAGACCUCACAGCAAUUAUGUAAUGUAUGCAAAAAAUUUUAACACAGAGUUCAAUUUAGGUUUUUUUGAGCCAAAAAAGGAUCGCUGUGAGCUGUGUGUUGCUUAUGAAAUCGCAGAGGACAAACAACAUCUUCAACAGAUAUAUGAUCAACACCUUUUGGAAAAGCAAUUGUCACGACAGGAAAAACAGUGCGACAAAGAUAACGCUUCGGAAACAAAUAUAAUAGCAGUUUAUGAUCUUCAAGCUGUUCUGCCAGUUCCAAAAGGUGACGUAUCUGUUUUUUACUACAAAAGUAAAUUGAACUGUUUUAACUUUACGGUGUCCAACCUUGCAACUAAAGCAACUGAAUGUUACUUCUGGCAUGAGGGCAUAGGUAAUCGUGGUUCUGAUGAAAUUGGUAGUUGUAUUCUCCAGUUUAUAGAAAAAAUAUUGUCUCAAAUUAAUGAUGGUUCUGCUAUUGACAUAACCUUUUAUUCAGACAACUGCGGAGGGCAAAAUAAAAACAAGUUUAUAAUGGCUCUAUACGCCUAUUGCGUACUCAAAUACGAUAGACUGAAAUCUAUUACACACAAAUUUUUAGUGACUGGACAUACUCAAAAUGAAGGCGAUUCAGUGCAUUCGGUAAUUGAGAAAUGCAUUAUAAGGAGUUUGAAAUCUGGCCCAAUUUACGUGCCUUCUCAAUAUGCACAAAUUAUAAGAACAGCCAAAAAAACUGGGCCCCCAUACUCGGUGAAUGAGCUUUCAUUUAAUGACUUUAUAUCCCUGAAGAAGUUACAUGCAGAACUACGUUUCGGUACGGGUAACAUUAAAUUAAAAGACGUCAGGGUCGUUAAAUUCAUGAAAGAAACACCUCGUGUUUUUUAUUACAAGAAUUCUUAUGGAGACGAAGGAUUUUCGGAAGCUAAAAUUUGGCGAACACAUCCUGAGGUUCUGCCUGGACUAAAACCUGCUUACAUCAGACAGCUCUCAAUAAGCGAGAGGAAGAAAGCUGAUUUGAUGAGUUUGAUUAAUAGUAAUCAUAUACCACAGUUUUAUGCGCCUUUUUACAACCAAUUGUAAUUGAAUAAAUACCAAUAAUUUUUUGAUAACUAUGCACCCUAAUUAAAAGACGACUGAAACUUAGAUUUCAUCUGUGAUUUUGAUUUUAUAGUGAUGAUUACAGUUCCUAUUUAGUAUUUAAACAUUAUUUCAUUAAGAAGAACGUUAAACCAAAUAUUAUUUAAGAGUAACUUAAUUAAGUACUACCUGAACUUGUACUGUAAAGUGAUUCGAUAAAAUUGUGAUGUCUAGAAUAGUUUACAUUUUUGUUUUAGUUAAAAUUUUUGAAUAUUUAUGUUAGAGUUGAUUUUGUUACUAAGUCUACAGCUAUAUAAAUAUUGUUUAGUUCAAAAAAGUUUAAAUAACUGCCUAAUUUUUAUUAUAAUAAGAAUUGUUACAUUUGUCAUACUGUAUUUUUGUUAGUAAAAGUUCAAAUAGUUAUCUAAAAUACUGUUACAAUUAGGAAUUUUCAGGUUAUUUUUCAGGAAAUUUGAAAAAUAUCUUACGUCAUUUAAACAUAUUUUUGUAAGCUUUUCAAUUAUAUAUAAUUUGUAUCACUUUAUACUAAUACUACAAGAAUAAAGACUGUAUAACG